GAUCCGCCGUCACAUCAGCUUAUGGCGCAGGCUGCUGAUUGGCGGGCUGCCUGCAGGUGGGCGGGGUUCUGCUGAGCGGGCGGUGUCUCCGGCUCUCCAGCUCCUGCCCCCGCUGGUGUAGCGGCGGCCGCAGACUGAACGGCUCCGGCCCUGCAGGUUCAGCACUCGGACUCAUCCGAUGACAGGUUCUGACUGACGUACACCUGUUGUUUCUUGGGUUACAUACCAGGGGCUGCGAUGGACCUGGUUCUCAACAUUGCCGAUCACUACUUCUUUACUCCAUAUGUAUACCCAGCCACGUGGCCAGAGGACAACAUCAUCCGACAAACUAUUAGUCUCCUAAUUGUCACAAACCUGGGUGCUUAUAUCCUCUACUUCUUCUGUGCAACCCUGAGCUAUUAUUUUGUCUAUGAUCAUUCAUUAAUGAAACAUCCACAGUUUUUAAAGAAUCAAGUCUCUCGAGAGAUCAUGUUCACGGUCAAGUCUUUGCCUUGGAUAAGUAUCCCCACCAUUUCAUUGUUCCUGCUGGAGUUGAGAGGUUACAGCAAGCUCUAUGAUGACAUAGGAGACUUCCCAAGUGGCUGGAUUCAUCUCAUUGUUAGCGUGGUAUCAUUCCUGUUUUUCACAGACAUGCUGAUCUACUGGAUUCACAGGGGCCUGCAUCACAGACUGUUCUACAAGCGCAUACAUAAACCUCAUCAUAUCUGGAAGAUCCCCACUCCAUUUGCAAGUCAUGCUUUUCACCCUGUGGACGGCUUCCUCCAGAGUCUCCCUUACCAUAUAUACCCCUUUGUCUUUCCACUACACAAGGUGGUCUACUUAGGUUUAUAUGUCUUGGUUAAUGUCUGGACAAUUUCCAUUCACGAUGGUGAUUUUCGUGUCCCCCAGAUGUUAAGGCCAUAUAUUAACGGGUCAGCUCAUCACACAGACCACCACUUGUUUUUUGACUAUAACUAUGGACAGUAUUUCACAUUGUGGGAUAGAAUUGGAGGCUCUUUUAAAAAUCCUUCCUCCUUUGAAGGGAAAGGACCACUUACUUAUGUGAGGAAGAUGGCAGAAGGAGAAUUCAACAGCCUAGCAGAAAAUGGCUGUAAAAGUGAAAAAUUGGGCAAUGGAGAGUUUACAAAGACUAAGUAGGUUAUUGUUCAGUUAUUAAAUACUUUAAAUAAGGAAAUAAUCUACACAAAGCCAAGAUACAUAGCAACUAAGUGGUGUCAUUUGAACGUCAGCAUUGUGUGUCAUGCUGAGGAGUAGUCCUGAGGAUAAACUGAGGGAAGAUGCUGGGAGCACCAAGAUUGUAAUCUCAUGGCUAAUGUGUCAGACAUUGGUCCAGGGACAACUUGUAUCUUUGCAGCCAGCAGAUCUGCAGCCUGUACAGCCCCAACAACUUUAAAUAAGAUAGAAGAUAAGCUAUGGAAGAAGCUGGUCUGUGUCCUUUUGCCUUAAUUCACUCAUAUUCAUUAAGGGGGAAAAAUCCAUUGUGCUUAACAAUACUGAGACUAGCCAAGAAAUACUAAUAUGAAGAUGGCUUCUGUUCAGGAGUGGCUGGCCUGCAGUGGUACUGGAGGACUUACAGGACUUUGUUCAAAUAGGAACAUCAGCCUGAACAAUCUAAUACAUGAGUGGCUAUGUAUGUGAUUUACAUAUGGCUGGUUAAUAAGACUAUAUUAUCUUCUUACACAUAAGGCGCCUUACUCUUGGGGGCAUUGUCAGAUUUUAAUAAUGAAUAAAUAAAUGGUAAUUUUUUAAAUGUCAGCUCUUCCAUAUUCAAUCCAGAUAUGAGAUUGUUUAACUAAAGAUCUUGAUACGUGUCAUUUAAAACUACUGUUUAAUAAAUAAGCCUACAGACACGAACCUGGAUAAUGCUAAAUGUAAACUUGGGGCACCUAGGUGGCACAUCUCUGUUUAAUAAAGUGGAUGCACUGUACUUAUGUAUUUCCAGGUUAUAAAGCUGACUUUUUAAAUGAAGGGAAUAAUUGCCAAAUACUUAAGUCUACCUGAGAUACACUUUGAAACCUCAUCCUUCAUUUCUUCUCUCUCUUCCCACUGCCUCUGAAAAAAAUAAAUAAAUAAAAUUCACAAACACCCCCAUGAAGAAGAGUGGGUGUUGUAAGAUAAUUGUAUUGGUGUAAAGAUAUUCUAUUGGCUAUUUAUGCAAAAACCAAUAAAAUUUAAUCACGACUGCUAUUAACAUCUUAAAUGUUAUAGCACAAACUUUCCUUUGUUUAAAUUAGUGUCACUGAAGACAUGGAGGUGAUGUGGGUUGUAAAACCUGAGAGCAUCCCUGAUAUCCAGGGUCAGAUUGAUAGAUGUGAGUGUUGCUAUCAGGAUCUGUCACUCAGCAAAUCCUUUUCCAUUUGCUAGUUGAUAUUAUCAAGUGCUCUGAGGGAGUAGAAGUGGGAAGGGGCUCUGUGUAAGGAUCUAGACUUCCUUUUUCCUGGAAGUAUACCCACCAGGCCCAGGGUUCUGAAUCCAUAGACAUUACUAAGAUAAGGACUAAUUGGCAUGUUGGAUGAAUCCAAUAUCCAGCUCAUAGCAGUGUAAUGUGGAUACAAAAGGAUAAUAUAUCAAGAAAGGACAAACCCCUCAAGUGGGAUAUCUCUGUCACCCAUUCUCCCCAAGGCUCUGGGAACAUCAAGGAAGAAGACAAGGCCAGGGAAGAAUGCUGUAAGGCUGGACAUGAGGGGCCAUUGUGCAACUGUGUCCGUCUGCACGCCAUCCAACCAGUGAACAUUCAGCAUGGAUGGGGUGGAGGGGCUCAUAAGUUCCCAGCUCUGACUGUGGGGCUAUUGACAGUCGAUGGCUGCUAGGAAGGGAGACUCAGCUUGCAGCAGUGCAAUCUCUAAGUUGCUUUUGUGCCAAUGGGUGGCCCUGUACCUCUGAGGCUAGUGGCAGCUCUGGUUGGACUGUGGCUUAUACAGAAGAAGGAAAGAGGAUAUGAAAUUGGGAGAUGGAAGGGGGAUGUCUGGGAGAAGUAGGGGGUGGGAAAUGUAAGAGUGGAUAUGAUCAAAAUGCAUUGUGUAUGUAUAUGAAAUAAAGAUUAGCUAAAUAAAAUUUCAGAGCCGAACCUCGGGCGUUGCUGCUGGGAGCCUUGGAGUUGGGAAGAGUGAGUCACACACAGCAGGUGCCCUUUGCAGUUUGCUUUCCCCAUUGCAUAAGGGAUGAGCCAGUGCUCCCAGUAGGGUCAAGGGCAGAGGAUGGUGGCUUCUGCUUCCUGACUGCAGUGAUGAUCAUUGUUGGUUUUCUGUCCUCAUCGGGUAGGAUGGUGGAGGAGGCCACUUUCCCCUUCACAUUGGAGUGUGAAAAGCGUCUAGAUGAGUUACAGGAGUGUGUGAAUAAAAUCAAAAGCAAGGUGUUGCUCAUUGUGAAUUCUCUUUAAUGAGCUAAUAGCUAGUGUUUUGUUGCUGUAGCAUUCUUUUUUCAAAACAUGUCAUAAGGCAGUCUACAGUAAAAUGUAAAGGAAAAUAGAAUCCUGCCCCCACCCCCAAUAGAAUAAACUUCUCAAGGGCAGGAAGUGUAUGAUCCAGUGUUAAUGUUGUUACCAUCAGGGCAGGGUUUGGUAUCAAAAGAAAAUAUUCAUAAAAACUUGUUUUAAUGAAUAAUUUGCGAUGAUAGCGUUAAAAAUAAUUGUCUGGGAAGCAGGAUGUAGCCUAACGGUAGAGUGCAUGCUUGGCAUGGAUGAGGCCCUGAGCUUCAUUCUUAGCCUAGCAAAAAUGUUUUCUUCCUAAAUCUCUAUAAAGUCGAGUUGAAGAUUUUUAUUCUAAGUGCAGUAGACUUUUAACAGUCUAUUGCAGUCUUUAACUGCUUUCUUUAACAGUGAGCGCCUAAGUUGAGCAUAUCAAAUUCUCCUGAACAUGUAACCAUUUGUCUUUUUAUAAUGAGAUUUUCUUAAAUUUGGUAAGAGAGUUAUUAACAUGUUGAUUCAGUCCCCUGGUCAGACUUGUGUUUGGGUACCUGGGCAGAGUCCCAUCACUCAGAUGUCACCACGGAACAGUGGUUACAGAAGUUAGUCAUUUGACUUGAAGCCAUCUGUGCCCUCUUGUGGAGCCAGCUUACAUUAUAGGUUUUUGUUAAUCUCCAUUAUUUAUGUCUAUUUCUUUUAAUGUUGUGAUUUCAUUCGGCCAUUCAUUUCGUGAAAAGUUGACCCCCUAACAUGCUACUGAAGAAACCAAUGGAAAAUUAGUGUAUAUCCAACUAAGAAGGCAGGCUCUGUGCCCGUGGUUCCUGUCUGCUGCCCCAGCGGUAUGCUGCUUGCUUUCCUGCAGUUCCAUGCACCUGUAAUUGUACAGUUCAGCCUUGACAUUUAUAUACCAAUGCCACCACCCCUAGGCAAGACAGAACAUGUCCUUCACCAGGGCAUGAAUUGUCUCCCUCUGCAGUUCCCCCUGCCUCCCUCCCCCGCAACCCCAGCCUCAGAUAUCACUGAUAUCUGGGAAUAAAUUUUGUCUGUUCUAGAAUUUCAUGUAAAUUAAAUCAAAUGAGAUAUAUGAGAUAUACUCAUGUGUUGAGCUUUUUUUUAAAGCUUAACAUGUUUUUACACAUGUUCUGUUGUAUUUAUCAAUAGUUCAUUCCUUUUAAUUAUGAGUACUAUCCCUAUAAUGAUUUUAUACUAAAUAAUAUACUACUAUUGGCUACUCUGUGUAUCUGUUGGUGGCUAUUUGGGUUAUUUACAAUGUGGAAAUAUUUUGAAUAAAGCUACUACAGACAUUUGUGAAUAGA